UACUUACCUCAUUGGACAAACAAAGUUAAUGUUUAACGCUUAGAUCAAACAAUUCCGUCCGCACAUCGAGCUCACUAGGAAUUGUACCGCGUAGUAGAGUGCAUGGAAAAUGCCACUAAAAAAAAUAGCGACCUAGUGAAUUUAAAUUCCGAAAGAGUAAACUUAUCGCUCAUAAUGUUUAACCAAUUUUCAACUGCAUCCCGCGAGUUUAAUUAUACAAUGUGGGCUGAAUUUUUAGCAGAAGCAUUGCCUAAAGAGUACGUUUACUCCAAGGUAAUAUACGUAAUAGCCAUGGUCUGCAUAUUUACGAUCAGCCUUGUAGGAAAUUUGCUUACGUGCGUUAUCAUUUACUACGACAAAUCUAUGCAUACUGCAACUAAUUAUUACCUAUUCAACUUAGCCGUGUCGGACUUGAUCGUCACCUUCUGCAUUCUACUGGCGGUGCAGGAGAAACUGAGUGAUGCCUACAUUUCCGGUCAGCUAGCGUGCCAAAUAUAUUUCGUGUGUGUGGUCUGCUCGUGGAACAACAGUAUCCUGACCAUAACCGCCUUGUCUAUUGAGAGAUACAUGGCUAUUAUGCGCCCUUUGUUGUUGAAAUCAACUCCAGUAUGGCGGAGAGUAACCAAAAUAAUUGUUGUACUGUGGCUUAUAGCAAUUUUGGAGACAGUCCCAGAAAUAUUUACAGUAUCUGCAAUUACGACUCGACAAUCUACCAUAUGUUUUACGAUUCCGACCGCUUUAUCCAGGGUUGUGAACGGAGUACUGGCAAUUAUAACGUUUCUAAUACCACUUCUAAUUAUGACGUUUGUAUACACAAUGAUCGCAGUAAAAGUUAAUGUUACACCGAAAGACUAUUCAAGAGAUCAGAUUUUUAAUUACCGAAAUCCUAGAAGCAAAGUUAACAAAUUAUUAGUAGCUAUGACGCUGUCAUUCCUUAUCUGCUGGCUGCCGUUCUUCGCCAUCCGAGUCAUGGUCGCCGCCCUGGACGUCCAGCAGCUGAGAGCUUCCGCUGAGUGGUGGGGGCUCGGAUAUAGAGUUACAGACAUCAACAGCUGGUUUAGCAUCGCAAUAAAUCCAAUUCUCUUCAGCCUUAUGUCCACUAAAUUCAGAAAGGCCUUAAAGGUAAGCAAUGCAGGUCGUAACGAUCAUUUUUGGUCAAUAUUAUCAGUAUAUUUAAAUGUUUUUAAGCGAUUUGCAAUAUGCUUAUUCUGAACUGGCCUACUUUAUUUACUUCUACUAAAAUCAUAUUUUUUCAGUCGUUUUGGAAUACGAAACUUAGGAACAAGCAUCAUCUCAAGCCCCAGCACAAUACGUGUACGCAGAUAUAAUAGUUAUGAAUUACGAAAAAGGGUAGACGAAAUAGUCGAGAAGAUAAUGGAUUGUAAUUUCCUUGAGAUACGUCAUUGAGAAAAUUCCGAGUACUGAUUGACUAUGGCAAGCAACCAAACUACAAUAGUCAAUAUCAACUCGCAUGUACUCCACUAACAAUUAUUAACGUAUUAGGUUGGUAGCUCUGUCUCGUGCUGCUUUUUUCACUUUAUUGGAUUAAAAUUAAUCUCUGGCAAGAGUGUUAAGGGGGAAUUGCAAUAUAUAUAGUUAAGAACUGUAAUUAGUCUUAAUGAUUCCAUUGUAUUAUGAAAAUUAAGGAGUUUUAAUUUAAGUUAGAUACACAUUAAGUGUGUUGGCGUAAGCAGAGACAUGUUAGUCGCUUCGCUUGACAGACAGAUGAAGUGUGCGAAAGGGAAGCCAUGACGUAUAUGAACAAGCCAUAAGUGCGAAAGAGGCAGACUACAUAUGAGAAAACGUAACCAAUUUUGAGUUCGAAGGCGGCCGAGGCGGCCAAGAUCAUAUUGCCGUAUUUUUUAACGUGAAAAAUAUAAGAGAAUCAAAAAGAAAAAUAUAUAUUAAGUAAUUUAGUGACGAUGGUGUCAUGUUGUGUGCCGGGUUGUAGUGUUUCAGGUCCAAAAAACCCAGGAAAAUACUCAUUUCACAGGUAAUUAUGAUAUUCGUAGCGAAAUUUUCGUAACGAUAUUUUAUCAAAUUAACAGCAUAAAAAGUGUAAAAAACCAAUUUAUACAGUUCAUUAUAAGUUUUUCUUCAAUUGUGUGUUAAUAUUUCAUCAUAUUAGUCAAUAUUUUAGAAUAUUUUGUGUAAAAACCUAAACUGUUACUUUACGCUAGGGCUUGACAAAAUGUUCAUAUGACUGUAUCGAUAACUUGUUGGUAUAUAAGUAGGUAUGGACUUAGUUGUUCACAAGAUAUCAUUAAGAUAUUACCUUUACAACCGACUUAAAAUAAUAACGAUUGUUAUAAUACCUUUUUUGAAGGUGCACAUGUUUAGCGAUAAAUUUAAACUUCACUUUCCAACACAGUACUUACAUUUUAAACACUUUUCCAUGGCUUUGCCGCCAACACAAGGAAACACAAGACAGCGUAUACUUGUACACAACGUAUACACACCCAACCCAACUUGUCAGCAGGAAAAGGCGCGAAAUUCAAAUUUUCUUUGGUAAGUCAACUCUUUGCGACCACAUUUUCAAACAACUUCAACUUUAUCAUUUUCAACUUUUUCAAACACAUUUGAAAACGUAGUCGAUAAAGCAGUUAAACAUCGAUAGAUUAUUAAUAUGUUGUAACAUGACAUCACUACUUUUGUUCGCACAUAGACAAUUUACACACACACUUGCAUUUCAUUUUUGGUCACACUUUCGAAGUUUGACAGUCGUUCUAUACUAUCCUAUUUCUAUGGGCGUAAGCCGUAAACUUACACGUGCAUGGAACAUUAUAGCUACAAUUAAAUGUGGACAAAUUAAUGAUCAAUUACGAUUACUCAUAAUUUUAUCAUGCAGGUAGUUAGUCUAGUUUAUAUUAGUUGCCGUUUGAAAAUCUUUUAAAGUCGAUGUCCUGGGUAAUGACGAUAAUUUCGUAAUCACGACCAUGUUAUUUUGUUUGAAAUACCAUUAUCUACAGUGAAAUGUAAUCUGCAGCAGAAGGCAUGCUAUUCUAAUAUGUAUUAAGCAAAUAACAACAAUGACUAAGUACUAUUGUACUACCAAGACAUACAAGAUAACAUCUAAGCAAUUGGACGAAUUCAAGGAGAUAAGACUAUAGAGUUAAUUUAAUUUAAGCCGGGUUACGAAUGUUACGACCUGGGGUAGUCUUUGUAACUAGGUUUUUAAACUGUUAUUUAAUAUUUGUUUAAGUUUUUAUUUCACAUUAUAAGGAAAUUUUACAAUAAAAUAACUAUUAAAAA